UCAUGCAAUAUAGAUAUUCAUAGUGUUCGUUCCUUGUAUAAUUUAUACGUACUAGAGUAUUUUUAAAGAAAUAUAAUAACUGAAAGAUAUCGAAUGAUCUCCCAAAAUUGAGAGGAAGUAAAUAAUUUGACACGGGAAGGGCUUAGGCGAGGAUCAUUUUAAAAAUAAAUUCAUCGCUCGAAUCGGCCCGUCCCUGAGCAAUCAAUAUGGCCUCCAGGUCUACGCGGGGCACACCAGCGUAGUGUAGAUAUUUCUCUGAAAAUCUUUGGAACAAAUGGUUUCUGUGAUAAUAGAAUUAGUCAACCUGUUGGAAAGUGUAUGGAAAGAUAUUUUCAUGGUGUUUGUUUGAAUACCAGUGAUAGUAUUCAGUCAGAACGAAAAUUAGAAGGCGUUCCAUUGCUGUUUCAGCUACUUGUACUUUGCGGAAGACAUCGUCAACGUUGGAGUACUGUCUGAUAGUUAACGGGCGUAUAGUAAUAGAUCAAUCGACUGUCAAAUUUUACAAUGAGCUGACUUAAUAAGGGUAAAGAUUUGUAGUUUCCAGUUAAAAUUUGAUAAUAUGUCGGAGAAUAAGAGUAAGGAAACUGCCACGAUGGAGGGUUGUCAAGAAGGGGGCGAAGAGGAAGAUAUGGCUGCCGAGAGGGUCGAAGAUAAGGUCAGCAUCCAGCAAAUUCUCGAGGGUAUGACAAAUGAAUUUAACAAAAGUAUAAGUCCCGUCAAAAACGCAGAAAUUAAUCGAUCAGAAAAAUCGGAUCACGAGGAAAACGAAAAACCGGCCGCGAUUCUUGAUGCACCAUCAGCAGUCGAAAAAGAAUCCAAUGGAGAGAAAAACGAUGAAAUUACUCCCAUAAAACAAAAUUCUGUCGAAUCGACACCACCGGACGAAAAUUCAAAAGAUGAUGAAAAUACUGGAAAACAGGAAAUUUUGAAAAAAGAUAAUGGUAUUCCACGGAUUGUCCUUACGUUUAGGACAAUCGACGAAAAUACAGAUCAUGGUAAAAAAACGAAGAUAUCAAGUUGUUCCUCCAACCUUACUUUAGUUCCUGAUGAACUAGCAAAUUGUGAUCAGAUUGGUGGUGUUUCUGUCAAGAUCGAGAAUUCAGAUGAGAAUUCUGACACUGUUGAAAAAUCAGAUUCAGAAGAAGGUAGAACAGAAGAGCCAGCCAAAGAUUUUGAGAGCAAAGAACCAGAGAAAAAACCAGAGGAAACAGAAACACCAAAGGAAAAUAUGGAAGUACCAAAAGAGGAAAAAUCCACCACUUCCGAUGUAAAAGCUAAGACUGAUGAAGUAAAUGCUUCAACAGAACCUACUCAGCAAAGUGAACAAGCAGAUAGCACACCUCCAGUUACUAGGAAAAGGAGAAUAGGACGACCUAGAUUAAGGGCACUUAGCGACCACACAGAAGAACCUCCAGGUCCUAAACGUUCAGCUAGAAGACUUUGUAAAGAAACAUUGAAGAGUACUGUGUUAGAGAGUGCAAUGGCAAGGAAGGAAAAGUCUAAUUAUACAGAAGAAAAUCUAGGGUUUAAAAAGCAGAGGAAAUACAAUAAACCAGGAAGACCUAAAAAGGUGAUGCAAGGUCAUAAUAAACAGUUGCAAGCUAAGCCUCCUGACAUACGUCAGGAAGCAGAAGCAUCAAUUUCUGAUGGGAAUAUUAGUCUCUCUGAGGUAAACUCAACAUUAGAAUGUUCUAGAAAUUCUUCCAUAUCAGAAAGUAGUGCAAAUGAUACAAUCCUGGAUGAAUCUCAAAAUUUUUCAUCUGACUUUGACGGUAUGCCAAAAUUGUCUCCUAUGAUAAAAAGUUCAGAAUCACAAACAAAAUUGUGUAAUUCAAUUGGCAGUCCAACAAAUGAUGAUAUACCUUUAGCAGACAUAGAAAAGCCAUUUCUAAAGCCUGCUACUGGUAGACCUAAGAGAGAAAGAGGUCGUCCUCGAGGAAGUCAAGCUGCCAGGAAAAUAGCGAAAGCUGAUUCGUUCGAAGAUGGAUCUGUAUCAAUAGCAGAAACAGGCAAACAUAAUGAUUAUCCUGAAGAAGGUACUGUACCCGCUAAGAGGACAAGGAGAAGCAUGGCUCCAAGCCCAAGUCCCGCAGAAGGGCAAGCUUCAAAACCAGAGUCAACAGCAAUUAUGAGUGAAACAUAUGGUCAGUCAAUGUUAUGUUUAUGUCAAGUGAGAUCUCAGCUGUAUGUAACGAUAACUGGUUCUGGGGCACCACUGUAUUGUACCGCAAUAGAUUCUAUCGACAAUAGAUUAGUAGGAUGUUGUAACGAAGUUGAUAGUAACGAUGUAGCAAUGAGGAGACCUAGUACACGUGUUCCUUUUAUCAUUUUGUGUCGGAUGCAUAAGGAAAGACUACUAAGACAUAAUUGUUGCCCUUCUUGUGGACUCUUUUGUUCGCAAGGAAAGUUUGUACAAUGUAUUAAUGGCCAUCAGUAUCAUCGUGAAUGCGAGAUAUAUCCGAACAAAAAAGGAGUAUGUCCACAUUGUGGAAACGAGAGUACAGCAUACGAUGUAAUGGUCACUAUGAGUGGUUUAAGAAAACCUGUGUUCAUUCCGACACGAAAGAAAUUUUCAAAACUGCCUUCUGCGAAAAUGAGUUUGCCAGGGAAAGGUGACAAUACGAAGUUAGCAGAACGACCCCCUAGUCCUUUAAUUCAACCAGAUAUUAUUAAAAUACCUGAACCGUCUGUUAACACUGAGAGACCAGAACGUUAUACAAUAAUGAGUCUUUACACAUCUGUAAAGAAUGGGGAUUUAGAAAAAUUGGUCAAUGUUUUAGCAUGUGGAUACAAUGCAAACCAUACAUUCCGAGAUUACGCACAUCGAACUGGCCUUCAUAUAGCCGCAGAUAAAGGUCACUUAUCUUGUGUGCACGUGUUAGUACAAGCCGGUGCUCAAUUAGACGUGAUGGAUAGAAAUCAACUAACACCGUUAAUGUUAGCCGCUAGCAAAGGUAAAGCCGACGUGGUGAAAUAUUUAAUAAGAAUCGGAGCCGAUGUUACGUUAAAAGGAGAAGAUGGUAUGACUGCUUUGCACAUGGCUGCUAAAUCUGGUCAUUUAGAUGUAUGUCGAAUAAUUUUGACGGAAUGUAAAGCACCAAGAACAUUAGUAGAUUCAGUGGACGACGGUGGAUGGACAAGUUUAAUUUGGGCCUGUGAAUUUUGUCAUGCCGAAGUAGCACGAUUUUUACUUGACAAAAAGUGUGACCCUUUGAUACGAGAUGCGGAACAAAACAUAGCGUUGCAUUGGAGUGCUUUUAGUGGAAGUUCAGAGAUUACAGAAAUGUUACUCAACGAGGGUUGUGAUGUGAAUGCUGUUAACGUUCAUGGCGAUACGCCUCUACACAUAGCUGCUAGACAAGAUCAGUAUGCAGUUAGUAUUUUGUUGUUAGCUCGUGGUGCUAAGAUAGGGGAAGUUAAUGCAGCAGGAGAAACAGCAGUAAACUGUUGUACAAACGAUGGCGAUACUAUGUCUGCAUUAAGAUUGAAUGCGAAAGUUAAUGAACUUUCUGAACAUAUGUGGGAGAAAACAGUAAAAAUUUUAACUAAUGACAUUUCACGUGGCAAGGAAACGAAUCCGAUUCAAUGCGUUAACGGAUACGAUUCAGAAGACAAGCCAACAGAUUUCCUCUAUGUGACUGAAAAUUGUUUCACCAGUAAUAUACAUGUUGAUCGAACGAUAACAUCCCUACAGUCUUGUCGAUGCGAAGACAACUGUAGUUCAGAAAAAUGUUUGUGUGGAAAUAUAAGUUUGCGAUGUUGGUACGAUGAAGAAGGAAAACUGAUACCGGAAUUUAAUUAUACAGAUCCUCCAAUGUUAUUUGAGUGUAAUCCAGCGUGUGACUGUAAUCGUAUAACGUGCAAUAAUCGUGUUGUACAGCAUGGUUUAACCCAAAGGUUUCAAUUGUUCAGAACGAAAGGUAAAGGUUGGGGCCUUAGAACGUUACGACACAUUCCUAAAGGUUCCUAUGUAUGCGAAUACGUUGGUGAAAUCAUUUCUGAUUCUGAAGCUGAUCAUCGAGAAGACGAUUCCUAUCUAUUCGAUUUAGAUAACAGAGAUGGAGAAACAUAUUGCAUCGAUGCGAGACGUUAUGGAAAUAUUGCUCGCUUUAUAAAUCAUUCAUGCGCGCCUAAUCUCUUGCCAGUGCGAGUAUUUGUCGAGCAUCAGGAUUUACACUUUCCUAGGAUAGCAUUUUUUGCCAACCGCGACAUCGAGGCAGACGAAGAGCUCGGCUUCGAUUAUGGAGAGAAAUUCUGGAUUAUAAAAUGCAAGUCGUUCACGUGUACCUGUGGAGCCGAAAACUGUCGAUAUUCUGAGAAGACUAUACAAGUUACUUUGGACAACUAUCGCAGAAAAUUGCAGCAAGAAGAAAUGCUGGCAGCUCAAUCAUCGUAAUCCUAACUCAAUUUAGCUAAUUUCUAUUGUCAACUGUCUAAGCUGUUUUAUUUGACGCACUUCCUUCUUACUACUUGGAGUGUUAACGGAGAAUCUCUAACAACUUUUUAAUUCAUUUGGAUUGAUCUUUGUAAGUGGAUCGUGAAAUUGAAGAAGAAUUACAAGUACAAAUGGUGGUGGGAUUUUAACGUGUCGGAUGGACAAUUAAAGAACGAAAAAACGAAUUGCCUGUUCGAGUUAAGAAGGAACUACGCUUUUCCUAUUCCAGUUCGUCAACUUCGAACACAUGUCCAUAUUAAUUUACUAAUAAAUUUUUUUUAUGUAUUUUCCUAUUUUCGCCGAUUCUCUUGUAAAGCAAGCAAAUGAUCUUUACGAGAUGUGCCACUUGAUUUUUCUUGAAAUAAUGAUACGCAUAAUAUAUAUAUAUAAAUAUAUAUAAUUGUUAUAGAGUAUUCGUACGAAAUGUACGGAUUGUAAAAACAAAUUUGUGCUGUUUUGUAAUCGUUAUAGUUUUGUGAACGAACCGUGUGGAUAGAUCAAGGUAAAUUAAUUGUAUAUUUACGUCGUGAAUGAAGUAUGCAUGAAACUCGUAACAAAUUUGUUAUUAUAAUUGAAGUUACGAGUUUGAUAUAUGCCUAAAUAAUUUCGGAGAAUGAUUGUUUACAAAUGUUCGUUUCAUUACGAACACUUUAGAACAUAAGAAUACACCGUUUUGUACAAACUACUGAAUUUUUUGUAUAAUAAAGAAUGUAGUUCUUUUUAA